AUGGUAAGCAAUGAAGGUUUUGCCAGUGGAUACAAGGUGAAUAACGCAAACAACGUGAAUGCGAGUGUUGGGGGCAUCGUGGCUAGUGGCAACACUGCAGUAAACGUAAGUAGCGUCAACAGUGCUCCUGGGUUGGGGUCGCGGGGUGGCGCCUACCGCCACAGCACGAAUGAAAUCAGCGCCAGUAGAGGUACUGCGGGGAGGAACAACGCCGCGAGGGGCAACCCCAGCCAAGGUAACUCCAGCCAAAGUAACCCCAGCCAAGGUAACUCCAGCCAAAGUAACUCCAAUCAAGGUAACUCCAGUCAAGGUAACUCCAAUCAAGGUAGCCCCAAUCAGGGCGGUCCAAACAUGGGAAUUUCCAACCUGAGUACUCCUAGCCAAGGUGGACCACCAAUGAACGGCGUGGUAGCAGCUCCCCCGAAUAACGGGGCGCAGGAAAUUGCACAAGGUAGUACCUCAGCUGCAGGCGCAGGGGGGCAUUCCUCCCCCCAACAUCAGGGAUCAUCGUCCACCCACGGCGCUAUCCCUCCCACUUCAAACACGCGCAACGUGAAAAACAGCAAUACCUCCACAGCUAUCAGCAACCCAACUGGCAAUGUCGGUCCCCAUGCUCAACACAACGAGAGCCUUCCGAACGAAUCGAACAACGGGAAUGGCAUCGGAAGCACAGGCACUAGUAGUACGCAUCCUAACAAUCCAAGCAACCCACGUAAUACACCUCCUGGAGAUGAUGAGGAAAAAAGGAAGGUGUAUCAACUGGUCUUUGAUUUAUGCUACACAGAUAAGAGGGAGAGUGCAUUAUUAGAGUUGUCUAGAAAAAGAGAAACAUAUCAAGAUAUUGCACCGGUUCUAUGGAAUUCAUUUGGAACAAUAACAACGUUACUUCAAGAAAUCGUUUCAAUAUAUCCUCAAUUAUCACCUCCUUUACUAACGACCUCAUCAUCGAACCGUGUUUGUAACUCCUUGGCACUCUUGCAGUGUGUCGCUUCCCACCCCGAGACCAAACAACAUUUCCUUAAUGCACACAUUCCUUUGUUUCUAUAUCCAUUUCUAAACGCAGAGUCUAAGAAUAGACCGUUUGAAUAUCUACGCCUAACUUCUCUAGGUGUGAUAGGUGCAUUAGUUAAGGUGGACAACCCAGACGUAAUUAACUUCUUAUUGCAGACGGAGAUAAUUCCACUUUGCUUACGCAUUAUGGAGACGGGAAGUGAACUAUCAAAAACAGUUGCUACCUUCAUUGUGCAGAAAAUACUAAUUGAUGAAUUAGGAUUGAACUAUAUAUGUGCUACACCUGUGAGAUUCUAUGCAGUGUCCACUGUCCUUGCAAACAUGGUUAAUUCAUUGAUAGAGAAUCCUUCGUCAAGGUUGUUAAAGCACAUUGUGAGGUGUUACUUAAGGCUCUCUGAAAAUCCGAAAGCCUUGAAGGCACUUAGGGAGUGCCUCCCCGAAUCUUUGAGACAUGUACACAAGGCUUUUAUUCCAUGCCUCAAGGAGGAUCCGUACACCAAGAAGUGGCUCCUACAACUGCUGUACAACAUCAACAGCGAGGAUGCCCUGCACGGCCACGUCGGCAUGAACAAUGCCAGUGGCAACCAUGUUGGUGGUAAUCAUGUCGGUGGUAAUCAUGUCGGUGGUAAUCAUGUCGGUGGAAACCAUGUCGGUGGAAACCAUGCCAGUGGAAACCAUGCCAGUGGAAACCAUGUCGGUGGAAACCAUCAUGGUACGGGUAGUCACACGGGAAAUCACCUUGGACCACAUGGAGCCGGGCAAGGCGCCGGAGCCCCCAGUAUGCAUACAAGGGAUCAUAUCGGAGGGCAUACCACUCCCCACUCAGGAGUACAUAGCGGCGUAAGCGGGGGGCACCCUUCGGGUAGACAGGGUCUGUACCCUGCCGGGGGUUCGAAGAGCACUUAUGCGGGGGUCAGCAUUGCGGCCAACAUGAGUGAGGGUUCUUCUGUGGGAGGAGCCAACGGUGGACACGGGAAUAGUAGUCAUGUUGGUGGGGCACAUCCUAGUGGAGGCGUCGUCUCGUCCUCCAACAGUAACUCCUUUAAGGACAAGGUGAACAUUGGAAGUGUGAACAACCCAAAUGUUAACACCAAGGCUGGAACGUUUAAGGCAAUGGCGAAAGAGAACUCUGCAUCGAGUAGUGCAGAAGCGUGUACACGGAGUAAUUCUGCUUCGAACGGCAAUGUCAUGAACAACGCGAAUAGUGCGAAUAACGCAAAUAAUGCAAGUAGUGCAAAUAGCGCGAAUAACGAGAACAGUGGAGUCGGGGCGAUGAACAACACGAGCUGCAGUAACGGAACAAACGUCCCCAGUGCACACGAGGGAAGUAGCGGUGAAGGCACCAACAACGCAGGAAAGGCAAGUAUCAACGGAAAGACAGAUAGCAACGCAGCCAAUGCCAACAACAACUGA